UUUACUGUAAGCUCAGAGAGAGGGUUAGAGUGAGCGUGAUAAGGUGAUAGGACGAGUGUGAGUGAGAGAAAUCGCAAAGGUAAAGAGAGAUUUAUCUGAAAGUGAGAGACGAGCUGACUGUGACUGACUCAACAUUAUCUCAACAAACGCGUCACUUGAAAAGCCAUAGGAUACUGAAAAGACAGAGAUGAGGGCUGUGGCAGUCACCCUCUGGGCCGUGGCUGCGUUAUUGGGAGUCCAUCAGAGCACCCCCUCCUCCUCAGAAAUCCAUACCAUUAUUGUCAACCUCUCCUCCAAAAACAUAUCCGCUGUUCCCAGAAACCUACCUCCGUGCACCGAAGCCCUGGACCUCUCCCAGAACAACAUACACAAACUUGGCCAUGAGGAUUUCCAAGUCACAACUCACCUGAGAUUCCUCAACUUGUCUUGGAAUGUCUUGGAGGAUAUCGAUCCGGAGACGUUUCAUCCCACUCCGCUCCUGGAGAGUCUGGACCUCUCACACAACCAGCUCCAGAACUUAUCUGAUCAACGGUACUUGCUGUUAGCGCUGAACCUCAGAGACCUAGAUCUGACCUUUAACAUGUUCCACACCAUGACCCUGGGGGUGGAGUUCCACAGCCUGAUGAAGCUGGAGAGACUGGGGCUCGGAGCAAAAAUCAUCAGGGUGGAGGAUUUCAUCAACAUCACUGACGUACACCUGCAAACGUUGACCCUUCGUCUGGAGUAUCUCACAGCCUAUGAGAGUGGCAGCCUGAGUGACGUCCAGGCGGAGAAGGUCAGCAUCGGCCUGACGAACAAACCCACCGAUCGAAAUCUGAUCGCAGACGCCCUGUUGAUGUUCAACGAGGUUGAGCUGAUGGGUAUGAACUUCAAUGGCAUGGUAGCCAGUUACCUGGUGGAACUUGUGAAGGAGAGAAGGGCAGUCAACACCACACAUCUUUACCUGACAAAUAUGGCCAUCACCUGGAAGCACCUGACAAACACCAUAAACGCUGUGUUCGAAUCCCCCAUCAUCCACCUGAGCACUUCAGACGUGGCCAUCCACAUUCCACCUGUGAAGGACACCCCAGGAAGAAACACGUCCCACACUAAAUCCUUCUCUGCCAGGCGAGCGGGGGUGGUUAGCUUUUUCUUCUCCCUGGAAGUCCUCUGUAACUUCUUCAUCAACAUGCCGGUGGAGCGUCUGGCAAUGACUGAGACAUCCAUCAUACACAUGACCUGCCCCAAGUUGCCCAGUGGGAUACUGCAGCUAGACUUCUCAGAUUGUGCCUUGGCUGAUACGGUCUUCUCCAGAGUAGAACAGCAAAUCACUGUAGAGUGUACAACCCUGAAUAAAGUAAACAUCCUGGUUCUGAGAGGGAACAACCUCAGGUCCCUUCAAACCCUGAGCAAGAGGGUCCAGAACAUGAUCUCUCUGCGUCACCUGGACCUCAGCCUCAACUCGUUGGUUUACAGCGGCCAGGAAUGCCACUGGCCACCGAACAUUGUCCACCUGAACCUAUCUUCCAAUGGGCUGAGUGAGUCGGUAUUUAGCUGCCUGCCGAAUGGCACUGUCAGCCUGGACCUCCAGAACAACCAGAUCUCCACUGUACCAGAGACCCUGCUGGCCCUGGACUCCCUCCUGGCCCUGGACCUGAGUGCCAACCGGCUGAGGGACCUCCCGGUGUGCGCUGGAUUCCCACACCUUAAGUAUCUCCUUCUCAGGGAAAACUCCCUCCAUGCCCCAUCUGUGAGAGUUCUGGAGACUUGCCCUGUUCUACAGGUUCUAGAUGCCAGCCGAAACCCCUUCACCUGUACGUGUGGCCUGAGGGGCUUCAGCGAUCUGGGUGCUGGGACUGGCCUGGGCAGCGGACACCCUGCAAUCCAACUUCUCCACUGGCCAGGAGCCUAUCGCUGCAGCUAUCCCGAAGCCUGGAGGAACUCCACACUGGAGGGCUUCCAGAUCCCUGAGAUCUCCUGCAAUGUCGGCCUGCUGGCAACGGCCAUCUUGUGCCCGGCAGUGGCUGUUAUCAUUGUUAUGAUGACUCUGUGCCACCACCUGGACAUUCCAUGGUACCUGGGCAUGAUCUGGCAGUGGACCCGGGCAAAGCACCGUGCCAGGACCCAGCAGGUCCGACCCGAGGAACUGGAGGGGGUGGUGUUCCACGCCUUUGUGUCCUACAGCCAGCAUGAUGCAGAUUGGGUCAAGGACCAGCUCUUGCCUAAUCUGGAAGGCUCCGGCGGGGGCCUCCACAUCUGCCGCCAUGAGAGGGACUUCGUCCCGGGGAAGACGAUCGUGGAGAACAUCAUCCAAUGCGUGGAGAGGAGCCGGCGCUGUGUGUUCGUCCUCUCUCGCCACUUCGUCCGGAGCGAGUGGUGCCACUAUGAGCUGUACUUUGCCAGCCACCAGCGGUUGACCCGAGGGUCUGACAGUGUGAUCCUGGUGCUCCUGGAGCCUCUGCCUCAGUACAUGAUCCCCUCCAAGUACUAUCAGCUAAAAGCCAUGAUGGGCAGACACACCUAUCUGGAGUGGCCCCAGGACAGGGGCAAGCACAGGCUGUUCUGGGCCAAUCUCAGGGCUGCACUGCAGGCUGACCUGCCCACUGCACCUGUACGAGACGACAUGGAUGAGUGAGAGGGAGAGAGAAGAUAAGACAAAUUGGGGUAGAAAAAUAUUGAUAUAUUUCUUUAAUGUUAUCUAGAAAUAUCAAAAAUGAUCUCCCAUUUGUCAACUUUCCAACAAUCUCACAAUUAUUUAGAACGUCUUUUUUUCUAUACACUUCAUAAAAUGCUGCCGAUUGGAUCAUCUCUAAAUAAUCUGAGUAUCAAAGCCAAUGACAAAUUUUCAAACGUCGCUUUACACACGUGUGUUCUGGCUCUGGCCCAACCCAUUGGUUUUUGGGACCAAUCCAUUCCAGAAAUUGUUGUGGAGGUACUCAAACCAGUCUCAUUGUGGAGAAGAAAAGUAUGUCUGUGGGCGUGCCAUAGCGUUUGGCCGGAGCAAAGAGUUUGGGUAGCCAGGCAACACAAAAUGACCCAAAAAUGAAAAAUAAAACAGAAUCCUUCCCAAGUACAGCAAGAACAUCCUUUGAAAGUCAUUAUCUCAUUUUAAGGCAAGUAGUACAACAAGGGGGAAAAGUACAGAAGAUUUUACGCUCAUGAGUAACGUUAGCACCACAGAUUAACCCUAGAAAGAGGGAAACAAGUAAUUUAUCUCUUUCUAAUUAUUGUUAUUUGGUCAUAGAGGGGGUCAGGAGUUCAAUUGUCAGGUCUGAUGGAAGACGACGAUGCUCUUCUGGGCACACAAGCGGCACAGCGAACAGCGUUUCACUGUGGACAUUAGACUCAUGAGCCAAAUGUCAGAUGUCCACGUGUCAAAGUUGAAGGGGUCAGAGGUAAGGGCAGGGAUUGGAUGAGGAUUAUCUUCUCAUUGACACAGAAGCGGUGGAGGACAGUGUGCAGGUUCUCCGUGCAGAGUGACACCUGUCUCUCCAUGGCCAGACGGAAGUCCUCCUUCACCCCCUUAGUGAUGCCACACGUCACUGUACGGUGCCUACAUGGCAGAGGAACACAGACAAUGGGUGUGUUUGAGAAAGAAACGCUUUCUAACGUUUUCUUCACAUGAAUCAUUUUAUAAAUCAGACACUGUUUAUUUUUGUCCAAACCUCUAUAGCAACAGUUGAGAAAACACAAAUUUAUCAAUGAGAAAACUGUGAGAAAACACAAAUGUAUCAAUGAUAAAAAUAAAUAAAAAUUAGACGACAUCAAGGAAACAACUUUUCCUCACAUGCAGUCUUCAAAUUGAGUGAGAGUAUCAGGUAUCUUCCAAGAAGGCAACAUUUUGACGGGAAGAUUCAACAACGUCAAAAACAAUAACACAUAGUCAAACAUGAAUGUUCACAAAUGCAAUGACAACUAGAGAUAACAUUUUUUAUUGAAAUAGACUUCAAAAACAUCAGUAACCACCACAUUAAUGGAUGCAAUGGGUCAAACAUGAAAAUAUGAAAAAAUAUGAAAUUUUCAUGAAAACAUGAAACAUAAAACACAACAAGGACUCGAUGAAAACGGCAGACAGAAAAUUUAAAUGAGGUUUGGGGCUGAGGGAUGGAGAGAGUGUUUGGCGUAGGGGUGCUGGGCAGGGGUGCCUGUCGGUCGUCUGCACCCCAGGUAGCAGCAGGGUGUUUAAUGUGAUUUGAGAAGCUAUAAGAGAUAAGAGUUUUUUUUAAAUAACUUUGCACAGUGAGUAGUCACCGCUCCAAGUGAGGUCAGAGAGUGUUAGCCUGCCGGAACCGCACCUUUCCUUCAGACUGUACAAAUGAUGGGUUAAGAAAUUAACAUACCAGACCAGAAAGACGUGCAGCUGCACAUUUAAAGUGGUUUGAACUUUGAAUCUCAACACGAGGUAGAGACGAUAAACUCCCUUCCUGCACAAUCACUGAUAUGGCUGAUUAGCUGUCCUAAGUAAAGUGAAUUUACGUAGGACCAUUCUGUCACUCUGCUCAAACCAUCGUAUUAUGCUAUUCUCAUCACCCCACUGGGGAGCCAUCGACACGGCUGGCUAGUCUAUCUUCAAAGAAGCAUCUUCAAGAGUGAAUGGGAGGAAAGUCAACUCUGUAGUUCUGUUCAAGACUACACAACAAGUCACCGGGUACCGGACAACUACGGAGAAGGACAACAGUAGAAGACUUGUCGGAACCAUUUCGGACAAUCAGAGCCUUACAAGCGUGCUGCCAAAAGCCCCAACUCCCUUUCCAAGGCUGCCUUGUUCACGUGAGAGAUCCCUGGCGAACCCAGGCAUUUCACAUAAAUACAUUAAUGAUUUCUAGACAUUCAUGCAAAGUAUAUGGUUACUGUAGGUGAGAGUUGUUUCUGAAUGUACCAAUGUUAAGUGUCUCUCUCCCUCUCCAUCUCUUCUUUAACAAGCAGCUAUGUUGCUGUCAUUCCGCUAGGGACCUGUUUUUAGCGUAUUAAGUCCCCAGUCAAUAACCGAUGCAAAGUGUGUAUGUUUAUCCUGUUUCCCAUUCAAUUAGCUAGUAAUAAAUAAUUAAACCAA